AUGUCUGCCUCUCCCGAACACGCUCCCGAGCCCGCCGGCGAUGAUGAAAACCAGGACGAUCAACCCGGUGGAGCGGAUGACGAUAACGAAGCCGCAAUCUCAGACGAUGAGUCUCUACUAUCCGAAGUCGACGAGGCCCAAUUCGAGGACUUUGACCCCGAAAAUGUCGAUGUUGAGGACCGUCCCCAGCUAGCUAUCGAUGAGGAGAACUUGAGACUGAUCGGUCGUCACAAGCGCAAGCGUGAGGAGGGUGAAGGCCGUCCCAAGCGCCACAAGGAAGGUCGUCGAGAGAAGAAGCGUCGUGGGCAGCAAUCAGAGGUUGUCGAAGACGGUUCACCCCGACGCAGGGCGGCGAAGAACAAGACGAAGGAACCUGAUACCGAUGACGAAACUAUGGACCCCGCCGAGCGUCGCAAGAGGGCUCUUGAUCGUAAAAUGGACGAAGCCAUGAGACCUACCAAGAGGAGAGCUCGCAAGCAGGAUGGCAUUGACCUCGAAGCCAUGGCCGAUAAAACAAUCGAGCAGAUGCGUCAGCGCAUGACCCACGCCGCCCAGAUGGAUGCUAUAAGCCGCGGAGAGGGCAAGCCCGCCAUGCACAAAUUGAAGCUCCUCCCGGAGGUUCUGGCGAUGCUGAACCGCACUCAGUACCAGAGCAGUUUGGUCGACCCUGAUAUUAACCUCCUCGAAGGUGUGAAAUUCUUUCUUGAACCUCUCGACGACGGCUCGAUGCCAGCCUUCAAUAUUCAGCGUGAUCUUCUUAAUGCUCUGACCCGCCUUCCGAUCAAAAAAGAUGCCCUGAUUGCAAGCGGAAUUGGCAAGGUCGUUGUUUUCUACACAAAGAGCAAGCGCACCGAACGUUCCAUCAAAGAAACGGCGGAGAAGCUGCUGGCCGAAUGGACCCGGCCCAUCUUGCAGCGCAGCGACGACUACUCCAAGCGUGUCUUCCAGCAAGCUGUAUUCGACCCUUCGAGACUCAACAGACGUACUCUCCAGCAGCCUUCCGCUGCAGCUGUUGAGGCUGAAGCUCGUGCUCGCGAGAUGCUUCCGCCUCGUCUGGCCAACCGUGCCCGUGUCGACCGUACCCCAGUCAGCUACAACAUUGUUCCUGUACAGACAGGAGAGGUGCAGCCAGGCCGGUUUGCACGACCUCUGGGAGCUAGCGGCGAGGAUCGCUUCCGCAAAAUGCAGGCCCGACAAAAUGCGGCACGCAAGGCGUCACGUCAUUGA